GAUGUCAAGUUAUUUCAAUGUCAGCCAGGCAGUCUGUCAAACAAACAAUUUAGAUUUUCUUUACGGAAACGCAGAAUAAUUAUUUAUAAUUUUGAUUGUAAUUUUAUAGUUAUUAUUGCUAAUUAGCUAUUUAUUUUUGUUCCUAAAUUACUUUAUAUUACCAUGGAAGACGUGCUAGACGAAAUUGUGUCUUCGGAGGACUUGCAAAAGUUCGAGAAAGUGUUCCACGAGCAGCUUCACCAGGGCGAUGUGACACACAAGGCACAGUUUGAAUAUGCCUGGUGCCUUGUGCGGAGUAAAUAUCCUACUGACAUCAGAAAGGGUAUUUUAUUGCUGAAGGAAUUGUUCAAUUCCCACCCAGAUGGGAAGCGAGACUACCUGUUUUACCUUGCCAUUGGUAACGCUAGGAUCAAGGAGUACAACAAAGCUCUGCAUUAUGUCAAAGCUUUUCUGGAAAUUGAGCCGGCCAAUCAGCAAGUUUUAGCAUUGGAGAGACAAAUAAACAAGCGCAUGGAGAAAGAAGGUCUGCUCGGCAUGGCCGUGGCCGGCGGCGCAGUGGUGGCCAUCGGCGGUCUCAUCGGCCUGGGCAUUGCGCUCGCUUCUAGCAAGAAAUAGCAUUUGGCGUUUCUAAUGCACGCUAUACUUGGCGUGCAUUACUUCCUUAACAAGAAGAAGGAUGCGCAGGAUUAGACGGAGCCGACACGAAUUACCGCCAUCACGGUUUUAGUUAUAAUGUAUGUAUUUUGUACAAACUUGUAAAUUAAAAGUGCAUUGCUAUUUUAUACACAGCCAGCUUUGCUUUAUUUACGGCUGUGGCGUGGUAGGGUCGCUAUAUGUUGCCAGUUUAGUCGUUUUUUAUUCUAAAUUUAAAAGCUAACUUUUGUCAGUGGAGUUAAAUGGAGCCUAUUCCAUUCAUGUCUUAUCUUUGUUAUUUUUUUUUAUUUUGUUGGUAUGUUGUAACGUUUACUUAGUUUUGUUGUUACAUAAAUAAAUUUCUUUUAUAAAUGUGGCAUAACUUUUUAAAUUAUAGGUUGCGCAGAGCAGACAAAACAACUUUAUAGUCAGAUGUAAACUUUGUCUCUUCAAGUUACAGUUUAGUUUGCAUUGUAUUAAGACUGCGAAAUUAAAUUUCUCGCUACAAAAAUCGCGAUAUAAUUGCUAAGAAGAUAACUUUAUAAAAUGAUCCAGUAUAAAGUCGGUACAAAUCGUGGGCAAAUAUUUUGUGGGUAGUUUCAAACCAGAAUGCACAACAAUUUUCCCAAUUGGAUAUACAUAUAGUUACGUCCAUAUCCUUUGCGGGGUAGACAGAGCUAACAGUCUUCUAAAGUCUGAAAGGCCACUUUUAACUGUAUAGCUAAUACUUAUAUGUAAAAGAUAUACAUUUUUCAUAUCUUUUAUUUAUCACAGAUGAUCUGUAUAUAAGUUAUUCAGUAUACUUUACAUGGACUGCUUAUUUAAUAUUUGCCUUGAUUUGUUAUGGCUUCAUACAGUAAGGCUUAAUACUGAGAGGCUAAAACUUGAAUUAGGAUAAACGUUAAUAUUUUUAAAGUUCGCACCGUUUUUCACUUUGCGCCAAGGUUUGUGUUUUAUUUAGUUUAGUAGCUGAUAGUUGGGUAAUUAAAUUAUUGAUUUCAAUUCCAAUUUUAAGUAUAAUAAUGGCAAAAUUAUUGGCUUAAACUAAGAAUGAAGUCUUAAUCAAAAAACAUGUGUUAUUCCUAUUUAACAUCAAGUACAUGACAAUAUGUAGCUAUCCACGUGAAUAUAGUACAUAUAUUAGUAUGUGUGGAGCUUAUUAAUAAUAUGAUGAUUACUUUUAUAAUAUAAUGUCAUUUUGGUAUCGAUUUCGAAUCUGAUAGUAACCACAAAAAUGACAUUUAAAAAAAUACACACUUUAUAAGUUAAAUGAACAAUUGGAAUGGCAACAUUAUAGUAAUUUUAGACAGAAGUGGUAAAACAGCGUAGCGCCAAAUAUAGUUUGUUUAAAUUGUAGUAAGAGUAUAUUUGUGAUAAUGUUCUGUAUUUAUUAUUCCCUAGCUUUAGGCACAACGUUAAUUUAAGCGCAUGAAAGUUUAAUAUGUUAUUAAAAAAAUUAAAUAUUUGUCAAUGUGAUUCCAUUUGAAUAAAUUUGUUUUUUUGUUUUAGAUAA